GGACUCCAGCUUUGCAGGAGAGGCAGGCAGGGAGGGAGGGACAGACGGAGAGACAGACAGACGGACGGACGGACGAACGGAGCUGCUCUCACCUCCCUUUGAGCUUCCCAGUGCUCUGCCUGCUUGGAGGCCUGAGGCAUGCAGACCAGGGGAUGGCCACUUUCUACCUUCGUGGGAUGCUGCAUAUGGAUUCUACACGGCCUUGGGACUGCUCCUGCAGUCCCUGUUACUACCGAGGGGCCAUUUGCUACCGGGACAGCUUCUCACAUCACAGCAGAGAGUGAGGGGCCUGGUGCCCUGGUGAUGGGCGCUGUGGAGACAAGCACCUUGGCGGCUGAUGCUGAGACAGAGGGCCCACCAAGCCCAUCCUUUCCUCCUGGGACUGAGCCGAAUGUUUUGGUGACAGCGGCGAGUGAAUAUGGCUCUACAGCACCAGCUUUGACAAACGGGACCAAGCCUCCUAACACACCUCAGGAUUUUGAGAGGGGUUCGGCUGCUCCUGCUGCAGGCACGACCGCUGCUGCAAUCUCUGCACAGCACCCUGCUGUCACCCCAGAAGCAGAGCUUGAUGUAACAGUGGCUGGUCCCGACACCCCCCUCGGGACCACUCCUCUCUUUCCAGAUAUAAAGGAGGACAUUGCGGCCGUGACCAGAGAAGGAGGAGAAGAUCUAAACCCCACCACUGAGUCCCUCCCCAUCACCCCUCCACCAGCACAGUCAACUGCUGGCAGACCUGUGGGUACCUUUGUCACCGUACUGCCAAGCCAGGGGCUGACCACAGCCACGGGAGCAGUUGAGGAAGGUGUUACUCUGCCUCUGGAUAUCCAAAGUGAAGACAGUGCCAACUUCUUGAGCCCCAGAACCAGCACUGGGGGGCUGCUUACGGCCCAGCAGGACAGAGCGGUGAGUGGAGCUGUGGGCAUCACCCCAGAGCCAGUGGGAGAAAUGACCCCAGCUGCUGAGGGAAGUCUCUCAGCUUCAGUGCCUGGAGGUGCAGGAGAUGCAGUAAAUGGUGAAUUCAGCCCAGCUGCCUCGACCUUCCUGCCCCUGGAGAGCCCAACAGUAUUGGGAACAGAGGGAAACCUAUGGGAGCCCUCCCUCCUCCCUAGCCAGGCAGCGCAGAGCCCAGCUACUUCACUGGCACCAGCCGGCAGUGAGGAUGGGGAUGGGCAGGGAACCUCCAGGGUGUCAUUGGAGGCUCCUGGUUCAACCCUGUCACCUGCAGCCAGUGAGGCACCCAAGGCAACAGAGGACACUGUCAUCUCACAGCUAGCCCCACGGGUUCCCACAGAUGUACUGAGUGGCAUAAAUCCCCCAGUCUUGGCCACUGCACUACCCAGAGGGGACAUGGGGGCUGUGCAUCUAGCCAGACCAUCCUUGCAACCCGCCCCGUGGCAGACCCUCACUGGAGAACAGCCGCCACUGCCUGCUGCUGCUCUGCCAUUCCCCAGCGCUCCUGGGGCUGCUUACCCACCCCCAGGGACUGGGUCUGGCACCCUGCCUGCAGCUGAUGAUGGGACAGAGACACCAGCAAGCCCCAGCCUCACUGCUGAUCAAGGAGCACCUGUGUCUCCUUCUCUUGGAGUGUCACAGCCAUGGGAGAUGGCAGCAGGUGGUCCCCAGGGUGCUGAUGGCACUGGCUUGAAUUCAGCUCCAGAUGCUCCCAACCCAGCGUCUUUUGUACCUGAUGGACUGGCAUGGCCUGCUGCUGGGGUCCAGGGUCAGGGGGCCGAGGGUGCAGGGGACACAGCACAGUCAGGAGGUCCAGGGAAUGGCAGUCCUUAUGCAGAUACCCAGAGUGACAUGAAUCCUUCAGCCUUCAGCACUCAGCAGGACCCUGUUAUCACUGGAGAGCUACCCGCAGGGGCAACAGGCACUUUGGUGAAUGCUGAACUGUCCCCGCUGUCAGCUCUUGAGGACAGAGCAGCAGCAGGAGCAGUGCCACCACUGGGACAAGGGCCCCUGCCUGGUCCAGCACCUCCUGGCAGUGCUGGCCCAGAGCCUGGCAUCUUGGGGGCUGAAGGACCAGGGCGCCUGCCUAGUGAAGCUGCCAGUGCUCCUGGGGAUGCUUACCCACCCCCGGGGGGUGCAGCCGGCCCUGUGUCUAGGGCUGAGACACCAGUGAGCCCUGACCUCAGUGCAGCCCAGGGAGCUCCCGUGCCUCCGUCCUUCGGGGUGUCACAGCUACCGGGGAUGGCAGCUGGUGCUCCCCAGGGACCACGUCUCCCUGAAGCCAAUGGACCCAGCACUGGCUUGACUUCAGCAUGGGAUGGCCCCAGCUCAGCAGCUUUUGGACUGGUGGGACCCCCAUCAGCUGCCCUUGGGGUCCAGCUUGGCACAAAUUUGGGGCUGCCGGCGGCAGGGGACUACGGAACUGGCCCAGCAGAGCAGGCACUGGGAGGAGCAGGCAGUGGGACUGGGUUUGAGCCACCCCUGCUCCCUGCUGCAGGCAGUGGGACAGUGGGUGGGAUGGGUCAGCUGCCUGGGGUAGGUUCCUCAUUUGGUCCUGCCUCUCAUAGUGGUGUGGUUGCAGCAUCCUCCGUUUCGGAUCCAUCCAGCCCGAGUGCUUCUGGUGCUCUGCCACCUUCCCUGGGUGCUGGGCCUGAGAUCCCUCCUGCUUCAGGAGGAGCAGGUGAAACAGCUGGUGGUGGAGGGUCGCUGGGGCAGUCCCAGGCCCCUGCUGGAGAGGGACCAGCUGGUUCAGGAGCCCCUGAUGGAGAAAUGAGAGCCGUUCUGCAGUCUGCAUCUUCUUCCCCAUCUGCAGAGGGGUCUUCAUCACCUGGGACAGCUGUCGAGGCUGCUAACAGAGCAAGCCUUCCUGCAGCUGGUGGUGGCUUGAGAACAGACUUGGAGGCUGCUGGCCCUGAGGAACGCCUUGUGCCUACUCCUGGCAUCCAGAGCAGUGCUAAUCCUGGACUUCCUGAUGCAAAACUGAGCCAAGGCAAUGUGGUGGAGCUGCCUGGAGGAUCCUCAGUGAACGGGGGACCUUCCCCUGGUGCCAGCCUGCGGGAAGGAGCAGGAACCAUCAUGCAGAAGACGUCAGGAGCACCAGCCCCAUCCGCCCUCGCCUCCCCUUGGGAGGUGCAGCCCCUGGUCCCAGUGGCUCUUCCCAGCAGCAGCAUUUCCAGUGACAUGGCCACCUCUACGGCUGCUUCUCUGCCUCUUCCCGGGCAUGGGCUGAGCUCCGGGUUGGCACCCAAUGGGAACACCAACUCUGCCCCUGGCACCCAGAGUGGGAGCAGACCCCUGGUGCCAUGGGCACGGGGUGGGCUGGCAGGAGAAGCUGGAGGUGCUCAGACAUGGUCUCUUGAAGAUGAGGUGGCCUCAGGGAUGCCAGCAGCGUUGGGAGAGGUGUCCCCCCGUGCUCCUGCAUCCCCCGGUGCUGCCCUGGCGCUGCCUUCUGCUCCACAGAGAGAAAGCGCUGCAGAGGGAGACUCCACCAGCUCCGGGCUUUCUGCUCCACUUUCAGCAUUUGCAGCUGUGCCCCUCUACGAGUAUGGAGUGAGGGAAAACGAUCGACAGUACGUGGAGAGGAGAGUGGAUUUUAAUUCUCCGCUUUUCAAGCCUGAGAUUGGAUUCCCAUUUGGGAAAACCCUGCGCGACUCUCUCUACUUUACAGACAAUGGACAGAUCAUUUUCCCAGCCUCAGACAACAGCAUCUUCGCGUACCCCAACCCUCCUCCCAGAGGCUUUAAUGGCCACGAGGAGGUUCCCAUGAUUGCUGUGUUUUGGGACAACGCCGACUUCUCCAAAGGGGUUGGCACCACCUAUUACCAGGAGUACAUCACCCUCAACACGGCCAAGCCUCCAUUUGUCCGUGAUGUGGAAGCAAAGGUUCGGCGGUACCUGAGGUCCUCCUACUCUGCAGCCUGGACCCUGAAGAUCACCUGGGAGAGGGCACCUGCCUACACAGCGCAUACUGACACCCACAGGACGAUCACGUAUCAAGCUGUUCUGACCACUGAUGGCUUCAGGUCCUACGUUCUGAUGCUGUACCAAGAUGGAGGCAUGCAAUGGGACUACACCAGGCUUGCUGCCACCAAUGUGCUCAUCGGUUACACCAGCGGGGAUGGUUUUUACCACAACGAUGACCUGGCUCAGAGACCUCCAGCCGCUAAAUAUCGCCCUGACCAGUUCAGGGGCUACAACACAGACCUCCGCGGGCUGUGGAUUUACAAGCUGGAGAGCCGAGUGGGUAUCAACUACCGGCUGAAGUGCCUGGCAUGGACGGGGCGGCAGCAGGAGCCGCAGGCAUGGAGCCAGGGCCUGCCCGCCUGCCCCUGCUCCCUGCAGCAAGGGCAGCAGGACCCCCGCUUCAAGAGCAGCCGUGGAGGCUGGUGGGCUGCCCGUGUCUCCAUGCUGCAUUCCACCUCUCCCAACCAGCACGGUGCUGGCAUCCGCUGCCUGUAUGACAGUCAGAACCAGCUCAUCGAGGGGCGGCAGGAGAGGUACUGGAGGCCCUUCAGGCAGGCGUCUCCCUACCGUGACCAGGAGCUGAAGUUGUAUGACUGGUGCUGUAAUCAGGCUGGCAGUGCCCACCUCUGUGCCCGCUACAGUGAGAAGAGACCAAAGAUUGGCUGUGAUGGAUACCAGUUACCUGGCAUGGCAGGUUCCUCAGAGGAGUCAGAGAGCUACUCAGAGGAGCAGAGAGGUGGAGAGGAUGAAUAACUGUGGGACUGCACACCGACAGCAUGGUCUGAGCCACAGCUCAUCCUCUGAGUCCUUUGCUCCUGCUCAUCCACUGUGUCCCUGCUCUAUCCCCAGCACCCAUCACCCUGCCCACCACACAAGGCAGCUCACUUGGCCAGUGCCUGCUCCACUGGCAGAAGUUCAUGUUUCUAACCCAGACUUGUCCCAAGAACCAGUAGCUUUAGUUGCCCUUCCCCAGCUGCAGCUCAGUGGGUGUUCAUGGGCGUCUCCUUGCUGGCAGAAGAUGGCCAGGUACCCCUCACCACAUACACCAUCUCUUUCUCCCACUGCAUCCCACCACGCCUCCCAUGCAGCCGGGGGAGGUCGGACCCUUGGCACCUGGGGAAGGAAUUUUUGCACCUUCCAUGGGUUGACUGUGUUCAAGCUCCUGCGUGCCAUGGUGUGCCAGGCUCACCCCAUGAGCUGGACCUAUCUUGUUCCCCAUACCUUUGCUGGGUAUGUGAGGGCAAAAUGCAAUCUCAUGAUCAGAAAUUAGGAGAAAAAUAAUUAUUUUGUGCCUAGAA